AUGAAGUAUGCCUGGAGAACCAGGUCAAGUUCAAGAAAGAAUAUGUCCACUAAAAUAGAUGAGACUGUUGGACCUGAAAAAACCAUAGGAGAGCUUUUGAAACAAGUCAAGGUACAAAUGAGAAAGGUUGAAUUAUUGAAAAACGACACAAAUUUUGGAAUAAGGGAAGGGCUAGGAGUUGUGCCACUAGAAGAAGUACAUCCUGCUAGGGUUGCUAUUGGGAAGGUACCAGGAGAAGGCACUAAGGAUAAAUAUGAGAAAGGAAAAGAUGAUGGAGGUACAUCUACAUCUACUCAUUCUCCUCCUGAUACAACAACGACAUCUACUCAACCUCCACCCACUGCAACAACACAGGCUCCAAUUUUGACAUCAUCAACCACUGCAAUCCCUGUGACAUCGCCUAUGUCUCACUAG